AUGAAAAGCUUUCGGAAUCAUUUUACAGGAUUAAAACAACUUUUUUUUUUUGGAUGUGUAUUCAUGAUAAAUUUAAUUUUUCAAAAAGAAGGAAGUUGUAGAUCAUUUGCUGUUAUUCGUGAACUCAUAACCGGUCAAAAAUAA